AUGAAGCCAGCCAGCGAACUCGCCGCGCCACGCAGACUUACACGACAAAAAGAGCGCGCUCUGCAUAGCCGAUACCAGGAGCUCUCGACAACACGUCCGCUGGACAGAACACCCUCGGGACUGGAGUGCCUACCAACUGAAAUCAUUCAGCACAUCUUCUUCGACUCUCUAGAGACAAACUUGGCUCUCACUUCUCGCACACUCAACCACAAGCUAUCUAAUGAAGCGGUCUUCAGGAGCCUCCUCUUGUUGGCAUUCUUCGACUCCGAUCAGAAUGAAGACGAAGCAAGCGUAGAAGAGAAGCACUUUCUCCCUGCCAAAUACCGGUACCUCGAUGGCAAGCAGCGGGCGAACCUCCAGCUCAAACUCUUUCGCUUCAGAUGGUGUACGCGAUCCAGAAUAGAUGGAUGUAUGCCAACUCUGUCGCGUCUGUCGAUGGUGCAAGCAUGGCAUAGCGACAAAUUGGACGAGCAGAUUCACGGUCCAGCUCCAAGCGAAACGGACACGGAGCUUACGCCGUCUUUGCCUGACAUCGAUGAUCAGGCCGCGAUGGACGAAUACUUCUGUGCGCUCAAAACUUCAAAACUGUAUGAGAGAUUGCGAACGUCCUGCGAUCGACCGUUGACGGAUCAGACCGGCGACCAUGAUACACUGCCAUUCAUCAGAAUUUCAGUAACAGAAUAUCGCGGCAGGAAAGUCAAAGUCCGGAAACACCUCCACCCAGUGCUAGGAGCUCUGGCUAUUCCUGAUUAUCUCCUGGAUGACACAUCAUGGACUGAUGAGAAGCUUUCGUUCCUCCAACUGCUUCAACAGGGUCUGGCUUGCUCCGUUCAUUACCAUGCCCCCAUGUUUUCCUUGGACGCUUUAUUCAAGGGCAUGGAGAGCGCGAUAAAUGGGAGAAAUUUAGACGCCCUCUUUGCCCUGUCGAACCUGUUUUCGCAGAUCGUGACGAGCGGCUGGUUGGACCCCAAUGACAGGUGGCAGACACCUCGAGGCACUCACAACGAUCUCCGGCUACCGGUCAGAUUGUUUCACCUAGCGGCGAAAAUGGAGACGGCGAGUGCUGAGUUUCUCAGGUUGUUGAUCCGAGCCGAUGUCAAAGCCAUACCGCAAGACGAUAGCGUCCUAACCGCCUGGGCCAUCAGAGCAGAUCGAGCAGAGCAUCCCCUGGGAACGUGGCUGCUGAGACUACUUGAGGGCUCAUCCGAAGUUGGGAAUGUUGAAUGGCCGUUCGUACGUGGUGCCAUAUGCACUUCCUGGAAGUAUAACGACAACAUAUUCGAUGAAAACCGGACUUUUGCCGAUGACCAAGGCUACAUCACAGACACAGCCCUGAGAUGCUUGUGCAAGACUGAUCGCUGA